AUGAGUGAACUCUCCGGGCUUCCAUCAGACACCGACAACGAGGGCGAGUCUCAAGGAUGGCGCCAUUGGUGGGACAGAGUCCGGACGCCCAACAACGGUGAUGAUUCCCUGCCGCCGGACAGCGGCGAGGAAUGGGAGGCCGAGAAGGAGGAGGAGGAGGAGGAGGAGGAGGAGGCAGAGGCCGACAUGGCCGAGGUCGAGGAGGAGGAAGAGGCUGAGGAGGCGGCGGCCCGGGCGAAGGCGGAGGCGAAAGCGAAGCGGAAGGCGCAACCGGCGAGCUCCGUCAACGACGAGGAGGACACAAGUCCCUCUGAUGCGUCGGACGACACCGCCUCUUCGGAGGAGGUGACCAGCAGGAAGCGCCACUAUGAGGACGACGAGGCGGGGCCAUCAAAGAAGAAGUAG